UCUAUACUACCAUGCUAGCUACGCAUCUCGGCAGAAGCGUACGAUCUAGUAUUAGACUCGCAAAUCUCACAAAAGGCGCACUUCCGAGACAAUUCUCGAAUACAAUUCCCAAACGCGUCCGAUAUGUACGCUUCGAGGAGGCACCAGGACCAAAUUACAAGCCCCAGAAGCCAUGGUGGGACAUGUCAGGCUGGAGCACUCGUCACAGGGUGGUCGCAGCUGUAAUAUCGGGCGGCGGUGUGUACUAUGUGGCACACCUGGAGCAGGUGCCCGAGACAGGACGGUGGCGUUUCAUGGACGUCGGGCCCAAAAUGGAGGCACGCCUCACUGCAGAGUCUCGAAGACAGCUCAAGGAAGAGCUUGGUGCGAAGACACUGCCUCCAGAUCAUCCACUUACGCGGCACGUACAUCGCAUCGUCACACGCAUUCUCGAGGCGAACCAUCUUGGGCACCUGAAGAGCUCGACACCCUCUACCGCUCCGUGGUCCGCCGGCACACACGACGACGCGUACUUAACUCCCGAGGCGCAGCUGCCCGCGGGCUCUGGAGACAAGGAAUGGGAGCUUAUGGUGAUCAAAGACGACAAGGUUGUUAAUGCUAUGGCGAGUUUUGGCACCGUCAUCGUAUUUACAGGCAUUUUGCCUCUGGCGAAGGAUGAGGAAGGUCUUGCAGCGGUCCUAGGACACGAGAUUGCCCAUGCAGUUGCCAGACAUAGCUUAGAACGGUAUUCCUCCAGCAAGAUCCUCCCCCUUUUCUCGACGCUACUAGUUACCGCUACCGGCCUCGACUUUGGGUUCUCUUCUAUGCUUUCGACGCUCCUGCUCGAGUUACCGAACUCUCGCAAGCAGGAACUCGAAGCGGACGAGAUUGGGCUGAAGCUUGCAGCCAAGGCAUGCUACAAUCCGAGUGCAGCGCCAGAAGUCUUUCAACGCCUGGAUCGCCUAGACAAACAGAACAGGGGGUUGAACAUCAGCUUCCUGUACACCCACCCAACUUUUGAGACGCGUAUCGAGCGCCUGAAUGAGCUCCUGGGAGACGCAUACUCAAUACGUGCCGCAAACCCCGAGUGUGUGAACACACAGGAGCAAUUCGCGGGUUUCAGAGACGCCAUGGGCCUGGUCAAGGGCCCGUCACAGACGGUGUGGGGAUGGGCAUAGCAGAGUCCAGCGAACGUUUGUGGGUGUACAUCACACUUGAUCGCUUGAUGACAAGUGGGUGAAUAACUUGGUCUUGCCAAUGCGAGAAAUGCUACGUCCAAGAAUGCUAUCCAUCACAUUCGUAUCCAGAAUGCUAGACGGUUGAGUUGUACAAGAAAUCGCAUCUCGCUAGAGGCCAU